AAAAGAAAAACAAAAAGGAGAAAGAAAUGAAUUGGAGAGAGAAGCAGAGGGAGAUGAAUCAUCAUCGUCAUCAUCUCUCCGCCUCGCUCCCCGUUAAAAAAGCGGCCUCCGCCGCCGCCUUCCUCCGCUCUCCCCCUACCCACCAUCAUUCUCAUUAUUAAAAUCGGCCCCUUUUAAAAAGGGGGAAAACCCCAGUUCAUUCUAUCCUCUUCUCAUUCCCCAUUUCCCCAUUUCUCUCCCCCGCCACUCAACUGUUUCGCCAAGGAAGAAGAAAGGGGGGAAAGAAGGGAUUUUUUCGUAUCGGGAAGUGUUUUCUUUCGAUUUCCCCCAAAACCCCUAGGUUUUAGUUUCUGGGUUUGAGUUUUUUCUUGGUGGGUCUAGAAUGGGGGAAUUCGAGAACCGGGUAGCUCGCGACGAUGGUGCGGCGGAGGGGCGGAAUGAGGAGGAGCAGAAGCUGAUCGAGGACGUCGCCGUGGUGGAUUUCGACCUGCUCUGCUCCACCGUCGCGCUGCAGACGCAGGGGAAAUGGACGACCAAGGUCCAAGCCGCCGACGAGGAAUUCCACGACGGCGGCGCCUCCGUGUUCCGGAUGUGGGAAGGUGGGGUGCUCGAUUUCUGCGAUGACCGCCGCCUUGCCGUUGAAUCGUUCUGUUGUCCUUGCUAUAGAUUUGGGAAGAACAUGAGGCGAGCUGGUUUUGGUUCUUGUUUCCUUCAGGCAACUGCGUAUUACAUUCUAGCUCUAUUUGCGCUUCUCAAUCUCAUUGCAUUCUUCGUCACAAAGAGGCAUGCUUUCCUCUAUCUAGCAAUCGGGUUCACAGUUCUAGUGGGAAUAUAUCUGGGUUUCUUCCGGUCUCAGAUCAAAGACAAGUUUAACAUCAGGGGUAGUGAUAGUUCAUUGGACGAUUGCUUCUACCAUAUCUUCUGCCCUUGCUGCGCUUUGAGCCAGGAGGCGAGAACCCUAGAGAUGAACAAUGUACAAGAUGGAACUUGGCAUGGGCGGGGUGAUACGAUAUGCGUAGGCGGGUUUAGAGAAGGGAACCAUGCUUACUUGCAGCUUCACCCUCCUGCUAUUGUUACGACCAAAUCCCCAGACAACAGCACCAGUCCUCAGAAGGUUAGUGACGACGAAUGUUGAACAUUUGGUGGGGGUGAGUGGAGGAAUGACAAUGAGAAUGCCGCGGGAUGAGAGCAAUUGUAUCAUUUGUAGUUUGUACAUAUUCGAUAGCGAGGAAGUAUUAGUCCAAGUGUAUGAUAUUAAUUUCUAGUCUCUCGUAUUUAUAUGAACAGAAUAAAAUUGGCCAUCAUAUUUCUGUCUCGCCUGUUAAAGGAUUAUUAUUAGUAGAGUUACAUAGUUGAUGAUUUGGAUCCACAGAUGUUGGCUACUCACUCUGUCUUUCAUUUUGAGGUAAACGCCUAACGGUACUGAUUAAGAGAUGAGAUAGAUAUGCCAC